AUGACAGGAACCAGAAGUGCCAACCAGAGACAACGGUUGAACAAUCGAAGGACACAGGCCAAGUAUAAGGCUCGCGUGUCUGCCCUAAAAGCUCAGACAGAGAAAAAACAUGGUUCUGACAAGGAAGAUCGUGGUAAACUUCCUGAGUCACCCAAGACUGCUGAGGAGAUCUGGCAGCAAAGUAUUAUUGGCGAUUAUCUUGCCCGCUUUAAGAAUGACAGGGGAAAAGCACUAAAAGCCAUGGAAACUACCUGGAAUAAUAUGGAGAAAAAAGAGAAACUUAUGUGGAUCAAGAAAGCAGCAGAAGAUCAAAAACGAUAUGAGCGAGAACUGAGUGAGAUGAGGACAUCACCAUGUUCAACAAGUGUCUCCAAGAAGAUGAAAUUUCAGGGUGAACCGAAGAAACCCCCUAUGAAUGGAUAUCAGAAAUUUUCUCAGGAGCUGCUUUCAAAUGGUGAACUCAACCACCUUCCUCUGAAGGAGCGGAUGGUAGAGAUUGGGAGCCGCUGGCAACGGAUCUCUCAGAACCAAAAGGAUCAGUAUAAAAAGUUGGCCGAAGAACAACAGAAACAGUACAAAGUGCAUCUGGAUAUGUGGCUCAAGACCUUGUCACCACAAGAGAGAGCUGCCUACAAAGAGCAUACCUCCAGUAAACGUAAGAAUAUGGGGAAGAUGCGAGGCCCAAAUCCUAAAAUAAAACCUUUAAUGCAGUCCAAGUCAGACUCUGAGGAAGAUGAUGAAGAUGAUGAUGAAGAGGAAGAUGAGGAAGACAAUGGUGACUCCUCUGAGGAGGGAGAAGAUUCUUCAGAUUCAAGUAGUGAAGAGGAGAGUGAAGAUGGGGAAGAGAAUGAAGAAGAGGAUGACGAAGAGGAUGAUGAGGAUGAGGAGGAAAAUGAAUCAGAAGGCAGCAGCAGUUCCUCAUCCUCUUCAGGAGACUCUUCUGAUUCAGAUUCCAAUUGAAUUGUCUUUUAUCUUGCCAU